AGAAGAGCUGAGAGGAAGAGGCGGUGGCUUGUCCUCGGAUCCAUGAUGGCGGCGGCUGAAGUUGAAGCGGCCUCCUGAGCUCUCUCGCGAAGAAGUCCCGACCAUGCACAGUUUGGCCACGGCUGCGCCUGUGCCAACGGCACUUGCACAGGUUGAUCGAGAGAAGAUUUAUCAGUGGAUUAAUGAACUAUCCAGUCCUGAAACUCGUGAGAAUGCACUACUGGAGCUGAGUAAAAAACGAGAGUCUGUCCCGGAUCUUGCCCCAAUGCUAUGGCACUCAUUUGGCACAAUUGCAGCUCUGUUACAGGAAAUUGUAAAUAUCUACCCAUCUAUAAAUCCACCAACUUUGACAGCUCAUCAGUCCAACAGAGUAUGCAAUGCUCUGGCACUUUUGCAAUGUGUUGCAUCACAUCCAGAAACCAGGUCAGCUUUCCUUGCUGCUCAUAUCCCUCUUUUCUUGUAUCCCUUCUUGCACACCGUCAGCAAGACUCGUCCCUUUGAAUACCUGCGCCUCACAAGUCUUGGAGUAAUUGGGGCUCUUGUGAAAACAGAUGAACAAGAAGUGAUCAAUUUCCUACUAACAACAGAAAUUAUCCCUUUGUGUUUGCGCAUCAUGGAGUCUGGCAGUGAGCUUUCCAAAACGGUUGCUACUUUUAUUCUACAGAAGAUCCUGUUAGAUGAUACGGGACUGGCUUACAUCUGUCAGACUUAUGAGCGAUUUUCUCACGUUGCAAUGAUAUUGGGUAAAAUGGUCUUACAACUUUCCAAGGAGCCUUCUGCCAGGCUGCUGAAACACGUUGUCCGUUGUUACCUUCGCCUUUCCGAUAAUCCAAGAUGUAGGGCACGGGAAGCCCUCAGGCAGUGCCUUCCUGAUCAGCUGAAAGACACCACCUUUGCCCAAGUUCUGAAAGACGAUACCACCACCAAGCGUUGGCUAGCGCAGCUGGUCAAGAAUCUCCAGGAAGGCCAAGUCACCGACCCCAGGGGUAUCCCCCUUCCUCCACAGUGAAAGCCAAGGAGGUGGCAGAAACCAGGAGGAAACAGCUCAGGUUUACAGAGAGCCAGGAACCAAUGACCUCUUCCAAAUCCUGUCAGGCAUGCGUGGACAGCUCAUUAGACUGUCAGUAGCCACCUGGACUGCAGGCCCUUUCUAUAGCAACUUCUCACCAUGUCUUUGAGGAUUAUGACACCAGCAAACACAGUCGGGACAGACAAGCCCAUUUCAAAGUGUGGGCUUCAUUGCAAUGAUCAGUUGAGCACCGAGCUGGGCACUGCCUGUCUGGUUCAGUUGAGCAGGCUUGGAAAGUGUUCCCCAGUUUUCUUGUUAUUCACUGUUUACAUGUAAGUUCAAUAAAUGUUGAUCUGGUCAUUUGA